AUGAAUUUGAAUAAAAAUCGACAACAAUCGGAAACAAUGGAAAAAAAAUCAAAUAAACGUCAACGUACUAGAAAAGUACAAUAUUUGAAAAAGAAAUAUCGUACAUCAAGUCCACAUAUGAAAACAAUAUCUAAUGAAACAAAUCAUCAAUAUAUAGUAGAAGAUAUGAUAGAAAUUAAUGAGGAUAAAUUAUUAUUCAUAUCACAGGAAUCUCUACUAAAAAAGAAAUAUUAUCCUUCGUAUACUGGAUUAAAUUUGGAUCCAACUCUACUUCUAUCUGAUUAUUCACAGAUAUCUAACAAGGACUUUCAACAAAUGUUAUUCACAAUAAGCACAACAGAUACUGAGAGACAGUUUUUAGUUGAGUUAUUCAAUAAUGAAGAACUAUUGACUUAUACUCGUCAACUGACACAAUUCAUCAAUAAAUUAAUUUAUUCAAAAUUACAAUAUGAACAAUGGACAUAUUACUAUCAUCUUGGUAUAGGUGAAGGUAUUUAG